AUGAGUCGAUCUCUCCUGCGCUCCGUCCUGGAGCUCAGGACACCCGUCACCCGCCUCCCGCCGACAUUCCUCCUCCCCAUCCAAGCUCGGAGGUUCAACUCCACGGCCCCGAUCAUCGAGCCCCAAACCACCGCCGCCCAAGAUGCGCCCGUUGCCGCCACUCCUUCCGAGCCCUCAAUAGCCAAGAAGGCCGCCGCCGCCGCCGCCCCUCCACCAACCAAGACGCCCGCCGCCCCCAUCCCCGAACAGGUGCAGGCCGUCCUCCCCUUCCUGGCCGCCCAGCCGAACCACUACAUCACCUUCCACAUCCACGGCCGCCCGUACCUCGUAACGCCCGGCGACAGCGUCCGUCUCCCCUUCAAGAUGCCCGGCGUCGUACCGGGCGACGUCCUCCGUCUGAACCGCGCGUCCGUCAUCGGUAGCAGAGAUUACACGCUCAAGGGCGCGCCAUACGUCGACGAGAGGCUGUACGAGUGCCGGGCUGUGGUAACGGGUACCGAGAGCGAGCCCAUGCGGUUCAAGGAGAAGACGAAGCGGAGGAACAGGAAGGUCAAGACGGUCAAGAGCAAGCACCGCUACACGACGUUGGCCAUCAGCGAGCUGAAGAUCAACGCUAUUGACGAGAUUGAGGCAUAG